AUGCCUCCCAAGCGCAAGGCGUCGGGCGCUAUCCGUGGCGCCUCCAAGGCUGGCAGGACUUCCGGCGUCUCUACGCCUGGUGCCGAGACGCCACGGAGCAUCGGAAGCUCAGACGAGUACAGCGACCAGGAGAUAGCUAGCGAAUCUGAAGUAGAGAACCUCGACAAAGCACAUGGAAAAUUCUCGCUCGCCGGCUAUCAACGCAAGCCCAAGGCCGUCGGCUACGACGCGGUUUCUCACCUUUUCGGAAAGAAGGACUUCUCUUGGUUGAAGCUGAAGCCUGACCAUGAGAACCGCCCGUUAUGGAUCGACCCCGAGAAAGGGUUGAUCAUUCUGGAAAGCUUCAAUCCGCUUGCGCCCCAGGCACAAGACUUCCUCAUCACCAUUGCAGAGCCUCUGUCAAGGCCGACAUUCCUGCACGAGUACAUGCUGACUACCCAUAGUCUUUAUGCGGCGGUCAGUGUGGGACUCAAUCCCAAGGACAUCAUCAACGCAUUGAAUCGCUUCCUGAAGACCCCUCUUCCAGACGGAGUUCGUAGCUUUAUCGAAGGCUGCACUGAGUCGUACGGAAAGAUCAAGCUUGUACUGAAAAACACCAAGUAUUUGGUCGAGACGACAGACCCCAACAUGCUGCAGAUGUUGCUCAAAGACCCGGAGAUAUCCCAGUUCAGGGUACAUGGCUCUGAAGGCACAAGUCUUGCUCCUACGAUGGGCGGCCUCGUUAUCCCCGGUACUAAGAAUGCUGCUGGUGUCCGUGAAGCGACGGAGAUCAAGAGUGGCGACAAGCAGCAGGGUCAAGAAGGAGAAAAACCCGAGGAAGGCAAUAUCUACGCAGCGCUCAACGAAGAAGACGACGACGACGAUAAAGAAGCCGUCCACUCUUUCGAGAUCAAAGAUGAGGGCGUAGAGACGGUCCAGAAACGUUGCCUGGAGCUCGGAUUCCCCGUGUUGGAGGAAUACGACUUCCGCAACGACGAGGUCAAUGCCAACCUUGAGAUUGAUCUUCGGCCAGCUACGCAGAUUCGACCAUACCAGGAGAAGAGCCUGAGUAAGAUGUUCGGUAACGGCCGCGCGAAGAGCGGAAUCAUUGUUCUGCCAUGCGGCGCAGGCAAGACCUUGGUCGGCAUCACAGCGGCUUGCACAGUCAAGAAGGGCAUCAUCGUUCUCUGCACCAGUUCCAUGUCCGUUGUGCAGUGGCGGCAGGAAUUUCUCAAGUGGUCCAAUAUCAACCCGGAUGACAUCGCUGUCUUUACCUCUGACAACAAGUCGAUGUUCUCGGGCAAUACCGGCAUCGUUGUUACAACGUACUCCAUGGUCACUCAGACCCGGGAGAGGUCGCACGAUGCGAAAAAGAUGAUGGAUUUCUUAUCAGGACGAGAGUGGGGUCUCAUGCUUCUUGACGAGGUGCAUGUGGUGCCGGCCCAGAUCUUCAGAAAGGUCACAACCCGGAUCAAAACACACUCCAAGCUUGGAUUGACAGCAACAUUGCUCCGAGAGGACGACAAGAUCUCCGAUCUCAACUUCCUUAUUGGGCCAAAAUUGUAUGAGGCCAAUUGGAUGGAGUUGUCUGAGCAGGGACACAUUGCCAAGGUCCAGUGUGCAGAGGUGUGGUGCUCCAUGCCCACUGAAUUUUACGAAGAGUAUCUCAAGGCCCCUGGCAGGAAGAAGCAGCUCCUCUAUGUGAUGAACCCUACCAAGUUCCAGGCGUGCCAGUACUUGAUCAACUACCACGAGUCUCGGGGAGACAAAAUCAUCGUGUUCUCUGACGACGUGUGGGCUCUCAAACGAUACGCAGAAAAGCUGGGCAAGGCCAUGAUUUACGGGGCGACAGCUCAGCAUGAACGGAUCAGGAUUCUGGAAAAUUUCCAGCAUAACCCUGCGAUCAACACACUCUUCCUAUCCAAGAUCGGAGACACAUCUCUCGAUCUCCCCGAAGCCACUUGCCUCAUUCAGAUCUCGUCCCACUACGGUUCCCGUCGACAAGAGGCUCAGCGCCUUGGUCGCAUCCUCCGAGCGAAGCGGCGCAACGAUGAAGGCUUUAAUGCCUUCUUCUACUCUCUUGUAUCCAAGGACACCCAAGAGAUGUUCUACUCUUCUAAGCGACAGGCGUUCUUGGUUGAUCAAGGCUACGCAUUCAAGGUCAUCACCCAACUACAGGACAUAGAUAAGACGCCCGACCUGGCCUUUGCGUCACCUUCAGAGCGACGUGAGCUGCUGCAGGACGUGCUCGUGUCUCAAGAGGACGAGGAGGUGAUUGACGAUCUGUGGCAUCAGGGCAGCCAGGGCCGCGCGCAGAGGCGCAAACCCAAGGUCCGCCGGACUGCCGGAACGCUCAAUGAGCUGAGUGGCGGGCAGGACAUGGCAUACGUCGAACAGAACAAGUCCAUGAACAAGACACUCAAGAAGAACAAGAAGGAGAGCCACGCAUUCUUCAAGAAACUGCAGAGGGAGCGUGAUAGGCGUAAGCAGCAGUGA